AUGCUCGAUCUGCUAGACCCCAGUUGUGGAUCAGCUGCACCAGGUGUGUGAACGCAUAUUUGUGUUUCCGGUCCCAGUUGAUGGUCAGGAUUAUGAAUGGCUGAAUGAAGGCAAAAUAAACCCGAUCAGGUUACGGGAUCAGCUGGUAAAUUUUUCAUCAUGGUUUAAUUUAGAACCUUUGCAGGUAGUCGCAUACGGACCAGGAGUUCGUGCUGAACGGUGUUGCGAUAGAGGCCAGGAAAAAUUACAUGUCAAUUUCGGCCUUAGCAGCAUUUCUCAACCAGUCUUACCCAGAUUCGACUUUUAUCACAUCUGGUUCUCAAGCUUUAUUAAGCCCAAAGCUCUUAAACUCUGCGCCACGGGGCCGCCGCCACGUCUGGUCGCAAUCGGAAGUGUUGACGUAUGUUAGAACGGCAUUAGCCGAUUGGGGCGCUGGACAUGCUCGCCCGUUGUGCCAUGGGGCUCGAUCUAGAGCCCUCACAAGCAGACGUUCAAUAGAAAACAAGCCUACAAUUACAGACCAUGAGGCCAGACCCGCUAUGACCGAGGUGGGGGCUGCAUUUUCCUCAGUUUUAUCGUCAUCCGCCCGAAGUAAUUAACAGCAUAUUCUUCAGAUAGCAAGUUAGCAGGGAAUUAGGCUGUAACUAUUUCGGAUAGACCUCUGAUUCCAGUUGACAAUGAUCAAUUUGAAGAACUAAAUCAUCAGGUAACGUCAAAGGGGUAAGUGAUCAGUUUUCAAGCAUGGGAAAAUGAUUUUCAUAUAGCUUGAAGUAA